GUUGUUUUGGUUUUAGUUUACGUAUUUUGUUUAAACAAAUCAUAAGAACCACCCUAAAAUACUUUUGCGUAUGCUUUACGCAUAAAUUUUAACAUUUCACCAUAUGUUAACUGAUAUAUCAAUUUUUAAGAUUAAUGCAUUUACUAAUACCAUACGUAGUUUAAAAUGUUUACGUCCAAAUGAAAUCGUUGCCAGGGGUUUAUUAAAUUCAUUAAUUAUAGUUUAGUGUUACAACUUAGUAUAAUUGUAAUUCCAAAACGUAUUUUUGAAAAUGCAAGCUUAACUCAUAAUUUUUCUCUAUCAGCAUCAAGUAUGGCUGGCGUAGUUAAUAACUCUUCAAAAAGACGAAGUAACGAAAACAAAUCACAUGAUUAUUCUCCUAAAAGACAGAGAAAUGAUACAACUGUCAAUACUAAAGAAGAAAAUGAGGUACUAGAGGAAGGAAAGGAUGUUUUCUCUUUACAAGUCUCAAAUAUACCUUUUCAAUGGACAUUCGAGCAGAUAACAGAUUAUAUUAAUGAUAAUUGUCUUGAUGUGUACACAUUGAAGCAAUUAGAUGGUGGGGAUCUUGAAACUGGACAGAAAAUACAACUUUCUUUUAUUAAUUUCGAGCAAUGUAACAAAGCAAGGAAACAGCUAAGACUGAAGACAAUUGAUGGGAAAAAACUUGAUGUGGAAUUUAAAAUUCCCGGUGAAUCAGACAGUGAAGGUGAAAUGGAACCUUUACCCCAAAGCAGAAUGAUAAGUCGACCAAUACCAGUAAGGUCGUGGGAUUCUAACAUAGAUAUCUGGGCAACGGAACCUACCGGAACUUUUGGUCUGAAACCAUCUUAUUUAGAGUCAUUGGGAAUCAAACUGCCUAUAGAUAAAUGGAUACAUGUUUCCAAUUUCAGAUGUGAUAAAUCAGAAUUAAAGGAAGUGUUAGAGCUGGCGGGGCAAGUAGUGGUAUGUCGUGUUGUCUGCGCCGUCAACAAAUACGCUACUGUUAUGUAUAGUCAUCCAUUGGAAGCUGUACAAGCUGUAGCAAUGUUGAAUGGCCAAACAUUUUACGGACAAAUUCUCAAAGUGUCAAUGUAUAGAUAUGACGAAAACGACAUAUUACUACCAAAAGGUCUAGUAAAAGUUGGCCCCGGUUUCGGAAUAGAUGGGAAACCUUUAAGAGAUAUAGUACAGCAUUACGAGAGAUAUUUAAAUGGCAGAACUAAUUCUAUUAAUGAAACAUUAUUCAAUAUAUCAAAUGACACAGAUUUAAAUGGUGAAAAUGAAAAUAACGAUACGAAUACAGAAGAUGUUAUAAUUAACAAUCAGAAUAAUAACUUAAACGAAUCUGGAUCAACUGGGAGUAAAAAAUCUAAUAUUUCGAUAACAAUUACGCAAAAUCCUCCACGUCCUGAUAUACCAAUGGGUCCUAGUAUCUUAUUACAUCCAAAUGGUACAUCUAAUGUGACAGUAACACAAUUUUCUCAACCAAUAAUAAAUCAAUUAGGAAACAAAUCAUUUGGACCUGGUCAUCAAACAGGUUAUCCCAUCCCAGGACCGGUUUAUGGACCCCAGAAUAUGGUUUCCCCAACGUUACCGCAGGACAGAUAUAAGGAUCCAAGAAUGUUUUCUGGACAACAUCAGGGUCCAAGACCUCAAGGGACCAUAGCCCCUAGUAAUAGUUGGGGUGGAUCUAAUAUGCCCCCAAAUAGAAAUGUUUGUUUGCCACAAAAAACAUCUUCGGUGGUGGAAUUAAGUAAUCUCCCUCUGUCGACGACAUUCCCCCUGCUGUCAGAGAAGCUGGCGCAGGUCGGUCAAGUGAUAUCGCUGGAGUUAACGCGAGUUGGCUGUGCGCUCGUUCGCUUCGCCACGCCCGCGCACGCUGAGGCCUGUUAUUUACAAUACAAUAAAUUGUUCGUGAUGGGAAAUACUAUAGAAGUGAAGUUUCUGUAACUUAAGGCACCAAAGCAACUUACAUGGAUGUUAGAGUUAAGUUAUCUUUACAUGGAUAAUGUUAGAAUUAAGUUAUCUUAAGUUAUUUUAGUUUAGUGUAAGAUGAAUAAGCUAUAUCGAUAAGUUUGGUUUUAAUUAUAUUUGUUUAAUGAAUUAGUGAUAUU